AUGACUCUGGCCAAUAACACAUCCACAGACAAAGAUAGGAUAUUAUCACCGUCACCGACUCCACCACCAGUCGUGAGUAGGUGCACCAUUGUGUGCACAGAGGAGGAGGAGGAGGCAUUGCAUGAAUAUAUCGACCUGGACAAUAAUGAGCCCGCAAAUGGUGAUGAGGUUGAUGAUGCUGAUGAUGAUCCUGAAGAUGAGCUGAGUGAGUCCAGCAACCCAUACAUCAAUAUCAGAUUAAUUGAUUAUACAGAGCAGCUAAUGAAAGAAUGGAACUCACCUGUUUAUGCAUUUUUCGAUCCCACAUCACACAUUGUUGAGAUCGGUGACUGCGGUGCGCAUGAGUUCAAGUGCCAAGCAAGGGGUUGCAAGGUCAAAGUACGACAGUUCCUCAAAAAGGGCGAUGCACGAUCCACAGGUAACAUGUGGAAGCAUGUGCGCUUGUGCUGGGGAGACAAAGUCUUGAAAGCUGCAGAUAGUGCGAAGGAUGUGAACAAAGUGUGCCACAAGAUUGUAGGAAGUAUUCUGCGAAAUGGAUCCAUUAUUGCAUCCUUUGAACAGAAAGGCAAAGGAAAAAUAAUGUACUUGCACCGUCAACACACUCGCGCUGAAACCAGGUAUGGCCCUAGUAUGUCACUGAUAAAAACAGGGAGACCUGAAUACUACAUACCUUCCCCAUCCACAGUUUCUUGCAAUGUGCGACUGGUCUUUGCAUGGACUCGAAAACGAGUGGCUAGCAUGUUGCGUGAAUACAAAGGCAAGAUUAAUUUCACUAUGGAUGGUUGGACAUUGCCCAACCAUCGCACACUGGUCGCGCUUUUGGUGCACUUCAAGUAUAAAGGGGAGCCACUGAGUAUUCUGUUAGAUGUGAUUGAAGUUGCAAAGUCCCACACUGGCGAAGAGCUUGCAGACACAUUUGCAAAGAUGCUAGACGAAUUUGACAUAUCAGAAAAGGUAAUUUUUAAACCAAAAAAAAACAUACCUGCAGCUAAAUGUGUCAUGCACAGAUCCUGA